AAUUGAGUGAAAAGGGUAGAACGCGGAAGAAGAAUACUCACAAAAUUGGAAGCUAAAUCAACAGAUUCUUGUUACGAUAUUAUUCACAGUUCUCCAUUGUGCAAUGGAUCUGGUGACCACGUGUCGACAUAACUAUUAUAUAUUUGUUGUUUAGUAAGAGAUGAACACGUUGAGCUUAAAGAGUAUUGGUAUUUUAUUUGCACCUAUACUAUGGUUAAUGUUUUGUAAAGCUCAACUAAAUGCACCUUCCGACAGAUUGGUUUUUGCUCCUGGUGAAGAUGGGAGAAUUGUGUGGACAUAUAGUGGAGACAUUAAUCAAAUUACUUUUCAAGGAUUGAGGUUUACUGGUGCCUCUAUAUAUCUGGUUUUUGUAGCAAGAGGAAUAGUUGUAGACCGUAUUUCAAAUGGUCUAGACUUUCAAUUUGUAUUACCUUUAACUUUGAUUCUGAAAAAUGUAAAUCCAACAUAUAAUGGAACAUAUAUCAUGGAAGUUGGACUUGCAUCAGGAACGCUUCCUCCUUCACCUGUGCAUAUAUUCAUUGCAGUUGCACCAAAAAUAUAUAUCAAUUGUUCCAGCACAACAACUCUCAAUGUAAGUGAUUAUUUUUCAUGUGAAUGUAAAGGAGAGGAUGGUAAUCCUCCUGCUGUGGUCACAUGGUAUAAAGGUAAUGGAAGGAUUAUCUCAGGAGAAGGAAUGGCAACAUUAACUAUUGCUCGGGUUGAUCGUGAUGACAAUGGCCUUUAUAGAUGUGAAGCAAAGGGUGACGAGAAAGCUAAAGCUGAGAAAACAGUUCAAAUAAUUGUUAACUAUAGACCUGCCAACAUUAGUUUGACUCUCCAAAGAGAAGGUCAUAAAGCAACGUUAAUCUGCACUGCUGAAGGCCGUCCACAACCAAACUUUGAAAUAUUUUCAAAGCGCUCUAAACUUGUCUAUAAAGGCUCCACCUACACAUUUGACAUCGUUAAAUCUUGUGAUUUUGGAAAUUAUACUUGUAAAGCGACAAACAUUUUAGGCAGUGCCAUAUCACAUGACGUACACGUGCAAACAUUUAAAGAUAUAAAAAACUCAACCACAAGCAUUGUUGAUUGUAAAACGGACUGGCUUGUUACCUCCAUCUCUGUUUUAUCUGGAAUUAUUUUGGGAUUUUGUUUUGUUGUUUGAUAUUUUUAUGUUAUGGUCGACGAUGGUUAGUUAAGAAAAGUCAAAUGUCUCAGUCACAUGAUGAAAGGAAAAAUACAGUGAAUACAACUUAUGAAGAACUAGAUCUAU